AUGCUCCCUUCGCGGGUCGAAAGCGACGAUGGAUAUGUUCCAGCAGGACUUUUGAAUUGUCCAGAUAAUACUCUCGAGAGUAGCACGAUAAAAGGCAAUGAGAUUCACGAAUUUUACAAUCUCAACAAAACGGAUUCUCCUGUUAUUGAGAAAUCUCCAAGAGAACCGGGAAUUUUUGUUGAUCUGUCAGCGAAAAAUAAAAAAGAAGCAACAUCUCGAGCCGUUUCAACUUCAACUCCUUCUAGCGCUCCAAAACGUCCGGCUCGUUCAGUUCCACGAGUGCUCACUAUUCAACCGGGAUCUCAUCUACCUCUUCUGCCUUCUGACAAUCAAAGACCGCUUCUGCCUCCUCGAUCGUUCCAUCCACGAGGAGUUCUUCCACCACCUUUGCGCCAAACAAUGUAUCGUCCGAUUGCUUUUCCACCAAUGUAUCAGUACGGAGGGCGACAAAUGAUUCCUUCUCAACGACCGAUGCCGUUUCAUCCGCCCGGACGUAUUCCGAUGAAGCCACAGCCAGUUACAAUUGCUCAACAACAAGCCAUGAUGAAUCCGAAUAUGUAUGGUCAGCCUUACAACACGCCCAUUCCUCAAAUGAGAUAUCCAUCAAUGGUGGUUGUUCAACAGCCAGGCCCGUAUUAUCCACCGGUUCAAGCUCUAGCAAGGCCUCUACCACAAACACCUGUGGAACCGAUAAUGCCACCACCGGAACUAAAACCAAAAGUUACACCGGAAACUAGAAAGAAGUUACGAGAAGAAGCAACUGCGAAGUUGAAAGCUGAAAGAGAUGCCAGAAGAGCGUUAGCUAGAGCUAAAAAGCUUGCUGACAAAGCGCGAACAAUGGCUGUAAAGAAAAAGAAAGAAUCUGCUGUUGAGGAAGGAAAUUGA